UUUUCCGAUUUUCGUUAUCCCCCAAAUGAUAUAAAGGCAAUUUCCAGGACAUAUUCAGUCCGAUCAAGACUCAGAGUCGUUUAAUAUUUCCAGGGUUUUCACAUCUAAGGAGUAAGAACAAAAAGCUCAGGAUGUCGGAGGCACCAUUCAGACCUAGGGAAAUUCUUCUCGAGAAGCAGAAAUAUUUUCAAAGCAUCUACAAGCACACUUACCUGAAAGGACCUCACGAUAAGAUCACAUCAGUUGCCAUUCCUGCUGCUUUGGCCGCAACUUCCUUGUACUUCAUUGGACAAGGGGUCUAUAAUAUGUCUCAUGGGAUUGGUAAGAAAGAAUGAGGUUUUCUGGACUUUGUAUGGUCUUUAUAUAAUGAAAUUGCUUGUUUAAUUGCUCUAAUAAUGGCUUGGUUUGCACAUUUCAUUGUUGCCAGUGGAAAUAUUAAAGCUACCCUUGACGGGUUAUUUUCAAUUUGGUUUAAUUC